CUUUCCCUACAAUGGGAACUUUUGUCCGUUUCUUUCUAUGGAAUGAUUUGACAUUUAACCGUUUUGCGUCAAUCGAUUUUCGUCGAAUGAAUGCAUAAUCUAUCGCUUUUCUAAAUGUCAUCACUUUAUCCGUAGCCUUUUCAAGGAUCCUAUUCCGUCCCUUUCUUCCUUCCCUUACCAAUAAUAUAUUUUAGUACCUUUUAAGCGCACAAUCAAACAUAUUCAAAUUGUACUGUAUAUGCUUGGUUCAUGUGAUAAUACUGCGUCAGCGUCACCCACUCCACCGACGAUCUCCUCCUCAUUGAGAACAUCUUCUUCACCCCACAAUGACCAAGAUCCAACCCCUUUCGAACUUUUACUUACAGAUUCUGUUCCAACCACCUCAGGAAAAAUCCAAGGUUUUAUCGAUGCUGCUAGUGAAGUGCAAGUUUUCUUGGGUAUUCCGUACGCUGAGCCGCCUGUAGGAGCUCUUAGAUACAAGAAGCCCAUACCUUUGAAGGCAGCUCAUAUUCAGCGUCAAUGUAUUAAACAUGCACCUGCUGCACCACAAACAGCCAUGCCAUUUGAUACGCUAAUGUCGGUUCAAAUUGAUUAUCAAUCAGAAGAUUGUUUAUAUUUAAACAUAUGGGUGCCUACAGCUAUCGCUUCAGUUAGUGGAAAUGGUGCAAUGGCUGAUAAAACAGAUGAACAAGUAAGCAAAGAUGAGAAGAAGCCUUUAUCCGUCAUUGUUUGGGUUCAUCCCGGUGCUUGUAUGAGUGGAAGUUCGAGCCAGCCUUUUUGGGACGGAACCAAUUUGGCAGCGAGAAAUAACACAAUCAUUGUGAGCUUCAAUUAUCGACUGGGUUCGCUGGGUUGGAUGUCCAUGGAUCACCUUUCACCUGAAUUGGAAGGGACGGCUAAUUUAGGCUUAUUGGAUCAGAUAGUUGCGUUCCGAUGGGUCCAAGAUAAUAUCGAACACUUCGGAGGCGAUCCUAACAAUGUAACCGCUUUCGGAUCUUCUGCAGGAGCCAGCUGUAUCAUGUCGAUUAUUUUGUCACCCGACACUGCAGGAUUAUUUCAACGUGUUGUACUGCAAUCUCCCCCGAUGUUUAUGGUCUCUCCCAAAAAUUGGGCAGAGUUCAAAGGCACCAUUUUUGCUCGUUCAAUCGGAAUGGAUGUAUUGCCAGGAAGCAACUGUGUGGCAGAAAGUGAAAGUAGUUCUUUGCUAACAGAAUUACAGUCUGUAGAAGUAGGUACAUUCCUUGAUUCCCAAACCUUCAUGACAACCUGGCCUAAUUUCUUAGAAGGCCUCGCUCCCAUUGGACCCAGCGUCGAUGGCCACGUAAUUCCUUCUCAUACCAUUGUUCAGCACUUUUUCCAUUACCCACUGCCUCGCGGCUAUGAAAAUUUGGAAAUCAUGAUCGGUUACACGCGAGAUGAAUUCAAUUUCUUCUUUCCAUUCUUACCGAAUUUUCAAGAUAUGGAUGAAACGUUGUUCGUACGGACGUAUUUUACUCACGUGUUUGGACGUAAGUAUGCUCAACAAGCGUAUGAUAUAUAUCAACAACAGAUUGUGCCACCAAUGUCGCCGCCUUCUGAGGUGAGUCGGUAUAUGUGCUCUGAUGUCAUGAGCCGAGUGGCAACGCUGCUCACGGCAGAAAAUCUGACACGUUGGGGACAUAAGGUUUAUGUGUAUGAGUGGAACUAUGAAUCUAAUGAUGUACAAAAUGUUAUUAAAGCUGCUCACAUGGUGGAUACUGUAUUCAGUUGGGACAAUCUUGCUUAUUGGGCUAACAAUCCCUUCCUAGGCUCGGGAGACGACAUAGAAAGGGAUCGGGUGGCUAAGCAGAUAUCGGGAGCUAUUACUCAGUUUGCAAAAACAGGCAAUCCGAAUCACGAUAAAAUACCAGACUGGCCAGUCUAUUCAAAACUUAAGGAUAACUCAGCAACUGCUAGUCGAGAAGCAAGACGAUCUUUAGUCUUUGAGCGUGAGGUUUUUUUGGCUGAGAAUAUAUAUGCAACUGGAUUACAUUUAUGGAAGACAGUUUUAAAAGAUUUUGUAAGGACACCAUUAUUCCCUGUAACUGCUUCUAAUCACCCUUCCACCGCAAAAAAAUACCAUUGAAAGCUCAUUAAUGUUGACUUCGAGCAAAGAUGCCGAUGCAGCCACUCCUAAAAAACGUAGGAUUGUUCUCUCUGACUAAUACUGACACCAAUGCAUGUUGCGUUCUAUACAAACAAAUUUCAAUACUUCUUUAUUACUUUAUUUUACUUGCUAAUGUAA